AUGUUUUCUCGUCUCUUGAUCGCUGCCUUUGGCGUCACGGCUGCCCUUGGCCAAACAUCUUAUGGAGAGCAGUUCAAGUACUGGGGCUGUGCUAUUGUUGAUGCUGCGGGUUUCAGCAACCCAGUCCCGCUUCCCAACGGUAUCUUGACUCCAGAAACAUGUCAGGCCGCUUGUGCUGGCCACAUGUUCGCCGCGGUGUCUCCUUAUGCUUGCCGUUGCGGAGACGAUGCCAACGCCAUCAAGUCGGUCGGCGAACACUCUUGCAACUACCCAUGUACUCAAGACCCCAACUCUCCCAUGUGUGGUGGAAUAUGCCCCGAGGGUACUCCCAGCAUCUCAAACUUGUUCAUUGUCGAACCGGCUGAGCUUCAAGCUUCUGAACCUGUGCCUCAGCUGGACAACCCGUUAAACCAGCCUGUGUCUAUCAAUGAUGUCCCUCCCUCCAUGGCUCCACAGGCUUCUUUUGCUUCUGACGCACUCCCCGUGGCUACAUCGUCUCCUCUGCCAGGCGGCCCCCUUCCUCAGAGUGAGGUUGUUCAGGCUCCCCCAAAGUCAACUGAUGCCGUUCAGCAGCCCCCUGUGACAUCAGUCACUCCCCCCUCUUCGACUUCCAUUCCAUCUGAUCCUCCCGUUACUUCGCCCGCUCAGCCUGAGCAGUCACCUUCACAGUCGACCAUCAAUUUCCCAUCUACUCUCACACUGCCUUCAAGCGCAUCCCCAUUGGCCCCAACAGCGAGUGCCCCAGACUCUACGACCGAGGUGCCUGGAAUUCCGCCCAAGUCUCAAACAGAGCCUUCCACGAGUGAGACUUUGUUGACAGAGACGGGUCCUAUUCCCUCAGUGGCACCAAGCCGGGUGGAUGUGUCAGAGUCGAGGCGCUUCGAGAUCUCGAUGCUGUCCGCAAUUGGUGGUCUUCUGUUCAUGGUCAUCAUGGCCAUUUAG